UCCGAUGCACGGCUCGCAUCCCAUUUCCAGCACGGCCGAGCAGCAAGAUGGUGGCCAGCGUUCGUUGGACCGCGCUCCUUUUCCUCCUCAUCGUUUUGCAGGCCCUGACUGCUGUUCACUCUCAGGAGGAAGAGGAAAUCCUGCAGGUGGAGGAGGAGCUGCAGGAGGAGGAUCAGCAGAUCCAGGAGACGUGGACCGCCAGGAACGUGCAAGCGUGUACGUGCGACUGCGAGGCCGUGGCGCCCACCGGCCUCCGCGAAACUGCCACGCCCACCUCGCCGCCUGAGCCGUCUCAAGGCCGACCGCUGACUUGCAUGCCGGAGUGUCCAUACCACAUACCUCUGGGCUUCGAGUCCGGCUCGGUGACGUCGAACCAGAUCAGCUGCUCCCAUCAGGACCAGUACAGCAGCUGGUACUCCUCUUGGGUCCCCAACAAGGCCCGGCUCAACAACCAAGGCUUUGGGUGCGCGUGGCUGUCCAAGUACAACGACCAGCACCAGUGGCUGCAAAUCGACCUGCAGGAAGUGGGCGUGGUGUCGGGCAUCCUGACGCAAGGUCGCUGCGACUCGGACGAGUGGAUCACCAAGUACAGCGUCCAGUACCGCAUGGUGGAAACGCUCAACUGGGUCUACUACAAAGACCAGACGGGAAACAACAGAGUCUUCUACGGAAAUUCGGACCGCUCGUCCACGGUGCAGAACCUUCUGCGCCCGCCCAUCGUGGCACGCUACAUCCGCCUGCUGCCUCUGGGCUGGCACACCCGCAUCGCCGUACGCAUGGAGCUGCUCAUGUGCAUGGGCAAGUGCACCUGA